GCUCCAUCCACCCGGCUAUAAAUAGUCUUCCAACCCCCCAUGCUCACCUUUCGUCCUCUCUUUCCGUCUUCACUCUGCUUCUUCACUCUGCUUCUUCACUCUCCUUCUGCACUCUCCUUCUGCACUCUCCUUCUGCACUCUCCUUCUGCACUCUCCUUCUGCACUCUCCUUCCUCACCCACCACCUCACCCUCAUUCAUCACUAUCCUUCUUCACUCUCCUUCUUAACGCCCUUCUGCACCCUCAUUCUGCAUCCUUCUUCUACACCAACCUCCUCACAAUCAUUCAUCACUCUCCUUCUGCACUCUCCUUCUGCAUCCUCCUUUCUCACCGACCUCCUCACCCACCUCUCUCACCUCUCUCACCUCACUCACCUCACUCACCCUCCAUUUCACUCUCAGACCUCGGCGGCAUUCUACUCGUCCAAGGUGGAACCCGCUUUACUACGCACCUGCCAUUCGAAAGAAGCGCCUGAGCAGCUCAUAUACUACCGUUGGCAGUAUCAGUACAGCUAAUGAGCCACAAUAGCCAACUGCUCCAGCCGCCGAUACGGACGGCCCAAAUCGUCACUUGCGGUCAACUAGCUCGUCCCAUACUGCCUACCGUAUGGGGGGCGUGCGAUCCCUUGAGCGAACUACCUGAAGGCUACACCGUAACCACCAAGCGCUACACCUCGGAAUCUCGAAUCUUUCACAACA